AUGGACCCCAGAAUCCUUCUUGAUCGAUUGUCGCAUGUGCGAUACGGUCACCCCGAUCUGCAGAAAGCUAAGGAGUUCUUCAUCGACUUCGGCCUGACGCCUGUGCACGAGACGGAAACCAAAAUUUACUUCCGUGGUUUUGGUAUUGAUCAAUUUUGUUACGUGGCGGAGAAGACCAGCGAUGGGAAGAGAAAGUUCAGAGGAGGGGCCUGGAUUGUGCAGUCUAUGUCUGAGCUGGAGAAAGCGGCCAGGCUUCCGGGAUCCACGCCCAUAACUGAUUACGAUGCCCCAGGCGGAGGGAAAGUGGUGAUCUUGAAGGAUCUUGUUGGGGAGGAGAUCACUCUCAUUUACGGGCAGCAGGACCGGGUCCCAGAGCCAAGGGAGGUACCAAAACCGGUGAUGUGGAACACUUGGGAAGACAAGCGACGGCUCGGAGAGUUCCAGCGACCGGACAGGGACCAGCCGUCGAAGGUCCACAAGCUAGGUCACUACGGGUUCGAAGUGAAUGUCGAUAGACUUCACGAAGUGUUCGACUGGUACAGCAAAACCUUCAACCUCAAGAAGACGGACUGCCUGUACCACCCCCAAAACAACAAGACGAUCAUGAUUUUCAUCCACCUCGACAAGGGCAAAGAGUUUGUAGACCAUCAUAACAUCUUCAUCGCAGGAUCUCCAGAGGUCACCGACGGAAUCAAAGCGCACCACAGCAGCUUCGAAGUUGAUGAUGUCGAUAGUCAAGUGGUUGGACAUCACUAUCUCAUUCGCCAAGGCCAUAUCAACGUCUUUGGCGUCGGACGACAUGUUCUUGGCAGUCAGAUCUUUGAUUAUUGGUUUGAUCCUUCUGGGUUUGUAGUUGAACAUUAUGUUGAUGGGGACUUGGUCAAUGAGGAUUCCAAACACAGCAAUGAACCGGCGGUUGCGGCCACGGUCUCGAGCUGGGGCCCAGAUAUCCCGCGUGCCUUUUUCACAAAGAAGUAUGAGGACCUUCCAGGUCUGAAGAACGCUCCCGAGAUGCCAAUUGAGGCGUGA